AUGAAUGAUAAAAAAACAAAACAAAACGUUUCGAUAUCUUUUGAAAAAACGAAAGAAAAAGAUUCGAGAAUAAAAUCGAAAUUAUUAACAUACAUCCCGGAAAAAUUAGAAAUACUUUCCCAACAAACGGGUUUGGAAAAACAACAAUUAAGAACACUUUAUAGAGCAUUUAAAGGAGUUUGUCCGAAUGGUGCCAUUGACGAAUCAACAUUUAAAAAUAUUUAUUGUCAAUUAUUUCCGCUUGGCGAUGGAAACGCGUACGCAAAAUAUAUAUUUAAAACGUUCGAUGAAAAAGAAAAUGGUUGCAUAACUUUUAGUAAUUUAGUUACUAAUUUAGCUUACGUAUUAAAUGGCGGCCUUAAAGAAAAACUUCAAUGGAUAUUUCGAUUAUACGAUAUCGAUGGCGAUGGUAAAAUAAGCAAACAAGAAAUGUCGACAAUCAUUCAAGCCAUUCAUAAUUUAUUGAGUCCAAACGAAGAAUUAUCGAAAGAACAUACAAAUUUAAAAUUAGAUUUGAAUUCUGAUGGAAUUAUAACAUUGGAUGAAUUCAUUUCUUAUUGUUUUAACGUAAGUAAUUUUUUUUUAUGUUUUACUAAAAUUAUUUUUUUAUCCAUAUCACUUUACACGUGA